AUGUCAAGGUUUGGAAAAAGUCUUCAUCAGUGGUGGGAUGAAGACGACGAAUCUGAUGACGAUGACCUCCUAAUUCUUGCUGGUCUUAUUGAGGGCUCAAAGAGGAACAAGCGGAAGAACUUUUGUGGAUUUUUGCCUGGUCGUCACAGCGAGCGGAAUGGUAUCUUGGGGGGUCAUGAUGGUAUAUUCCGGGACUACUUCGCGGACCCGUGCAUAUACAACUGCAAGCAUUUCAGAAGGAGGUUCCGGAUGUCCAAGUCUCUCUUCCUGCAAAUCGUGGCUGCAGUGGAGUCUCACGAUGACUACUUCUGUCAGAAGCCCAAUGUCGUUGGAGCUCUUGGGGGUUCUUCAAUCCAGAAGUCUAUUGCUGCCCUUCGGAUGCUUGCCUAUGGUGCUUCGGCUGAUUUCCUGGAUGACUACGUGAGGAUGGGAGAGAGCACCAUCAUCGAGUGCCUAAAACAUUUUGUGAAAGUUUUCAGUGAACAAUACCUAAGAGCCCCCAAUGCUGAGGAUACAGCUAGAUUGAUGGCCAUUAAUCAUGCAAGAGGGUGGCCAGGCAUGCUUGGCUCCAUUGACUGUAUGCACUGGAAGUGGGACAAGUGCACGGCUGCUUGGAGAGGCGCAUACACAGGGCAUAAGGAUGGGCCGACCAUGAUUCUUGAGGCUGUUGCAUCUCAAGAUUUAUGGAUUUGGCACGCCUUUUUUGGUCUUCCUGGUUCUCUCAACAAUGUCAAUGUGCUUCGCCGUUCUCCACUUUUCUAG